CAGUACAGUUUGCAUUGUAUGUGUAUCGUGAACUACUGUGUCGUACUGAAAUGUUGAGUGAUAUUUAAUUUUGCGUGUUUAAUGGCAAAUAUGGCUUAUCCAAUGUAUGAAGUCGAUUGGAGUGUUUUGCCGCCAGAACAAAAUAGAAGGUUUAACCCGGCAUUUAACAUUGCUACCAUAAAACAAGUGGUAAAUGAGGCUAUUGAAAGAGUCGCACCGGUUUCAGUGCGGAUGCCCACGCCAACGCGGCUGCGGGACCUCAUACGACAGAUCCGUGCUGCAAGAACAGCGGCUGAGGAACGAAGUGUUGUUAACAAGGAGUGUGCAUAUAUUAGAUCUACAUUUAGAGAGGAAGACAGUGUUUGGAGAUGUCGGAAUAUAGCGAAGCUCCUAUACAUCCAUAUGCUGGGGUAUCCGGCGCACUUUGGCCAACUGGAGUGCCUCAAGCUGAUCGCCAGCCCGCGCUUCACCGACAAACGCGUAGGAUACCUUGGCGCUAUGCUGCUACUGGAUGAACGGCAAGAUGUGCAUCUACUGAUCACGAACUGCUUAAAGAACGACUUAAACAGCAAUACCCAGUUCGUAGUGGGUCUAGCGUUAUGCACGCUGGGCGCUAUCGCCUCGCCGGAGAUGGCGCGGGACCUCGCCUCCGAAGUGGAGAGACUGAUCAAGUCGCCCAACGCCUACAUCAAGAAGAAAGCAGCUUUAUGUGCCUUCAGAAUCAUAAGAAGAGUACCAGACCUAAUGGAGAUGUUCCUACCAGCAACUAGAAGUCUUUUGACGGAAAAAAAUCAUGGUGUUCUUAUCACCGGCGUGACGCUCAUCACCGAAAUGUGCGAGAACAGUCCUGACACACUCAAUCACUUUAAAAAGAUUGUUCCAAAUCUGGUGAGAAUAUUGAAGAAUUUAAUACUGGCGGGAUAUUCACCUGAACAUGAUGUUAGCGGUAUCUCUGAUCCAUUCCUACAGGUGAAAAUCCUCCGUCUACUUAGAAUACUAGGCAAGAACGACGCGGAGGCGUCCGAAGCAAUGAACGAUAUACUAGCCCAAGUCGCUACAAACACUGAGACGAGUAAAAACGUCGGCAAUACAAUAUUAUACGAAACUGUACUCUCCAUCAUGGAUAUUAAGUCUGAAAGUAGCUUGCGUGUGUUAGCUAUUAAUAUCCUGGGCAGAUUUCUAUUGAAUAAUGAUAAAAAUAUAAGAUAUGUAGCGCUGAAUACGUUGUUAAGGACGGUACAUGUUGAUACUUCUGCGGUGCAGAGACACAGGACUACUAUAUUGGAGUGUUUGAAGGACCCGGACGUGUCUAUCCGGCGACGCGCGAUGGAGCUGUCGUUCGCGCUGAUGAACAGCCAGAACAUCCGCGGCAUGAUGAAGGAGCUGCUGGUGUUCCUGGAGCGCGCGGAGGCGGAGUGCCGCGCGCACUGCUCCAGCGCCAUGGUGCUGGCGGCCGAGCGCUACGCGCCCUCCGCCAAGUGGCACCUCGACACGCUCUUCCGUCUGCUGCUCAAGGCUGGGAAUUACCUGCGCGACGACACGGUAUCGAGCACGAUACAGAUAAUAUCUGCGUCAGCUGCGGAGCGGCAGGCGUACGCCGCCAUGCGGCUGUGGACGGCGCUGCAGCGGUGCGCGCUCUGCGGGGACGCGGCAGACAAACAGCCCCUCGUACAGGUAGCGGCAUGGACAAUAGGAGAGUACGGAGACCUGCUAGUGUCAGAAGCCAGUAGUGCUAUAUCAAUGGUGGACGAGGAUGGCUUCGAUGAGUUCGUUCGUCCGUCGGAGGAGUAUGUGAUCGACAUCUACCAGAAGCUGCUGUGGUCGACGCAGCUCUCCAUCACCACCAAGGAGUACCUGCUGCUGUCGCUCGCCAAGCUCUCCACCAGGUUCUCCACCACGCCCAGCCAGGAUAAAAUCCGUGUGAUCAUCGACACGUUCGGUUCUCACAUACAUAUUGAGCUGCAGCAGAGAGGCGUUGAACUUUCACAACUUUACAGACAAUACGCGCACUUACGCCCCGCGCUGCUGGAGCGCAUGCCCGCCAUGGAGGCGCCGGCGGGAGACCGCGACGACAGCGACGCGGAGCACGACCCCGCGCCCGACUCGCCGCAACACCGCGCCGACAGGCCGCAGCCGGACGCACUACUCGACCUCAUCAUCGGAUCUGAGCCGUUGUCCAACGGCGAGGCGGAGCUCCCCGCGCCCGCCGUCGCCAGCGACAACAAUAACACCACGAAUGAUAUCUUGGACCUACUGAGCGGGUUGGACCUGAGUACUCCGAGCAUGGCCCCGCCCGCGCCCGCGCCUGCGCCGCUCGCCAGCGCGCCAGACAACCUGCUCCUAGACGGGCUGUUCUCAUCGCCAACGCAACCUGUAUCACAACCUGAGACGACAGUAACGGCGUUAGAGCGUAACGGGCUGCGUGUGGAGUUCCUGGUGAGCGGCGGGGACACCGCCACGCUGACGAUGCGCGCCACCUCCUCCGCGCACGCAGCUCUCACAGACUUCCUCUUUCAGGCCGCUGUGCCCAGGACAUUCCGACUGGACAUGAUGUCUCCGUCGGGCACGGUGCUGACGCCGCAGGGGGAGAUCACGCAGGUCCUCAAAGUCACCAACCCCUCCAGGACACCAUUGCGGUUAAGAAUACGAGUGUCGUACAACAUCGAGGGGUCUCCAGUACUGGAGCAGGCGGAGGUCAACAAUUUCCCACCGGAGCUGUUCAACUGACGAGCGAGAUGACACCGGAUGACACCGCGGUUGACACCAUGUUGACACCAUGUUCACGACAUACGAAGGGUUGACAGGGAUAUCUGAUCCAGUUAGAUGUCAGAAAUUAACAACUUACAAAUCUUAUUAACUUACUUUCCCUGCGACUUCGCGAGAAUUAAAAAUAAAGUGGCCUACGUGUUCUUCCAGGCUAUUAUCUAGAUCUAUGUUAAAUUUUAUCGAAAUCCAUUCAGCCGUUUAGGCUACAAACACUAACAAACAUCCAUCAUUUGUUAGAAUUUGUAGCCUAAGCAGCUGAACGGAUCCUAAUGAAAGUUGGUAUAGAUGUAGAGGUUAGUCUGGAAGAACACAUAGGAUAUUCAGUUUUUUUAAUAUUAAUUCUACGCGGAUUAAUUCGCGGACGAAAGCUAGUAUCUAAAAAAGACAGUAUGAAAAAAAUCUUGUUAUUUUUGAAAUUGUCAGAUAUCCUUGUUUGUCGAAAUUUCAAUGGAAAUGAGAAAUUAAAUUAACAAAUCACCUUAAAAUAAAAAUUCCAUGUAAACUUUGACGUCUGUCAGAUUGUAAGGCGAUUAACACGCGAAGUGUUUAUUUCGUUUCAGUAUUUGACCUUGUAAUGUUUAUGGAGUUAUUUCAUUUUAACAUUUAUAAUGAUACAAAUCUUUUUUUUUAAAUUACGGCCUUCUAAAGGUAAAAUAGUUUUUUUCUCAUUUCAAUUGAAAUCUGAAUGAAAAACCCCUAAACAGUAACCGCUAGAUAUCCUUUAUGAUAACAUUUUAGCAAUAUUUGUAUAAGUUAUGUGCAAAUAGAGUGAGAUUUUUGACAAGAUAGAGGUAAACAUUAAAUACAUUAACAAUGGAGUUAAUCAAGCCUCUAAUGUCUUUUGUAAGAAAUUUUCAUACUAAUGUUUGUUUUACAUUUUGGUAUCUGGCAGCUUAUUUGAAUUAGGCAAAUUAGAGCCUCAUUCGCAUGAACGUUGUGAGUUUUUCUGUAUAAAGUAUUGAAAAAAGAAUUAUUUUUACAAUUAUUGAAUUUUUGCGAUGAAUUUAUACGAAAAAGUUUGAAAUAAUUAUUGCCUGUCCCAUUAAAUUGUAGAUUGUCUGAUUACACUCCAAUGUGUAAGAUCUGUGAUGGAAAUAUCGGAUUUUGUUAGCUUAACUGAUAGUGAUGUCAUUUUUUAGCUAUCUGAGCCUUUAUCAGCCAGUAGUGGGACAGGCACUUAAUCUCCUAAACUUUAUUAAAUUAUUUAAAUGAUUGGAUCUAAAAUAAACCAGUGUAAUGAUUAGUACUUAAAUUUAUUAGUAAAUCUCGAUU